AUGGCGAAUGUGGAAGACCUUAUCGCUUUCACAUCCCUUGGCAUGCUCAUCCUGGACGAAGUCCAUUUGCCUUGCGGAAAGGUAGUUGAGAAUGUUAUUGGUGGUUCGGGGUGUUUUGCUAGUCUCGGAGCCCGCCUUUUCUGUCCCAAGAAUCUAUCCACUCAAGUCGGCUGGACCAUUCGCAAAGGUCACGACUUCCCGGCGGAAACGCUAAGGCAGCUAGAGACAUGGGGUAUGACAUUGUCAGUCAUCCAAGAGGAUAAAUGUCCAUCUACUAGAGGCCAGCUCAAAUACCUGGACUCAACCUUCGCAACCAAGGUCUUCAAAUACAUCACUCCAACCUUAACCAUUCAGCCUGAACAUCUGCGUAAUACACGUCUAUUGACGUCCCGUGACUUUCAUCUCUUUGUCGACCCUACUCAAGUCAUUGAGCAAACCACUCAAUUACAGGAGCUACGCAAAGCAGCUAGUAUUACCCCUCGACCAACUGUCGUCUGGGAGCCAAAAGCUUACUCAUGUGUGCCGGAGAACCUGCAAGCAUUUGUUGAAGCUAUGCGGAUAGUGAACGUCUUCUCGCCGAAUCACAUUGAGCUUGCUCGCAUCGUGAACAAGAAGGUACCGCCGCUACCCGACGAAAAAUUCUUCGAGGAUCUUUGUGCUCCCUUCUUCCAUCCUCAAGAUGACGGAUCCACUCCGCAAACUGCCCUGGUAGUAAGGGCAGGAGACCAGGGUUGCUUCGUCAAAAGCUACAGCGAGCAAAAAUGGUUGCCUGCCUAUUAUGCUCCUCAAGACAACACCGAAGCCAUCACCCGCGUUUCCAAAGUGGUUGACACUACAGGAGCUGGCAAUGCCUUCCUAGGAGCUCUAACAAUCACUCUUCUUAUGUGUUCUGAAGAUGUUAUCUUUGCCGCCUGUGCCGGCAAUGUCGCCGCGAGCUUUGUGGUGGAGCAGGUUGGCGUACCUAAGCUUAGCUCGUCAGGAGAUGGUACGGAUCUUUGGAACGGCGAAGAUGUCUCCGCUCGCUUUCAAGCUUAUAGAGCGAGACUGGGUCAUUAUUGA